GGAGACGGCGACCAAGGUUGUGUCAUCAGGAGGCACUGCCGCGGCGACCUGCUCUACAAGCCUUUGCUCUCCUGCUCUCCACCACGUUUUCACUCGUGAACUAGCCGAGCUAGCCCUGCUGCACCUGCCAGUCUUAGUGUUGAGUGGACAGUGUUUCGGGCGGGGGCCCAUCAGAUCUUGCUGGUUUUCCACACACACACGCGCACUAAUGCACAGACAGAUGAGCGUGUAUGCCGUACACACGAACACACACACACACACACCUCCUGUAUGUGGCCUGUGUUUCUGCACUCAGUCCUCGGCAGAGGAAAUCAUGGCUAGAUGUGUUUGUUUUCACAGACCUGGCAGAACACCACCAGUGUACCACCCAGAAACCAGCAGGAAACAGGAAGAUGGAGGCCUGCUGGUUCACGGGGGGUAAGGGUUGGCAUGACGACCACAAACAAGGGAAGUAAAGCCCUGAAGGUUAAGCGGGAGCCGGGAGAGAAUGGGACCAGCCUGACGGACGAUGAGCUGGUGAGCAUGUCGGUGCGGGAGCUGAACCAGCACCUGCGCGGGCUGACCAAGGAGGAGAUCCUGCAGCUGAAGCAGCGGCGCCGCACGCUGAAGAACCGCGGCUACGCCGCCAGCUGCCGGGUCAAGCGCGUCACGCAGAAGGAGGAGCUGGAGAAGCAGAAGGCCGAGCUCCAGCGCGAGGUGGAGAAGCUCGCCGACGAGAACGCCAGCAUGCGGGUGGAGCUGGACGCGCUGCGCUCCAAGUACGAGGCCCUGCAGAGCUUCGCCCGGACUGUGGCCCGCGGCCCCGCCGUGGCCCCCGGCCGGGGCCCCAUCGCCUCCGUCAUCGGGCCCCUCAUACCCGGGAAGGUGGCCGCCACCAGCGUCAUCACCAUCGUCAAGACCAAGACCGACGCCAGGUCUUAG